AUGUUGUACUCAUCUCUACUUCUUUUAGCUCUGCCAUCUAGCCUCUCCAUCAGAGGAGCCCUGGCCGCCCCAUCCUCUAGCCAUGAGAAACGAGCUCUGGACACUAAUGCUAUCGCAAAGAAGUACUUCGGCAACGACGCACCUUGGUACCAAGAUCGAAUUGCAUACUUUGAAUGCAGCGAUUCGCAAAUAACCGAUGUCUUUUACUACCGCUGGAAGAUCUUCAGAGCCCAUCAGCGAGAUUUGGGCGCCAAAGGCUACAUCUCCACCGAAUUCCUGGACGAUGUUAGUUGGCAGCUUGAGCCUUACGCUUCGUUGAAUGAUGCUACUGGCUUCCAUGUUGCUGAAGGCAGAUGGAAUAGAGACCGUCGAUUCAAGGAUGACUAUCUGACUUAUAUGUUAACUGGCGGCGAUGACCGUCACUUCACGGACUAUAUUCAGGAUUCUGUUUAUGGAGCUUAUCUCGUGGAUGGUGAUGUUGCCAGCGCGACAGAGUACCUCUCGCAAAUGGAGAAACUGUACAAUUCGUGGAGUGAUCACUUUGAUUCUUCAAAGGGGUUGUACUGGAUCGAACCUCUCCUUGAUGCUACCGAAUACACGAUUUCCUCUAUCGAUGCCUCUGGCGGCAAGGACGGUUUCACUGGUGGAAACGCGUUCCGCCCUUCGAUCAACAGCUACAUGUAUGCUAAUGCCAAAGCUCUCGCCAACUUGGCCACUCUUGCUGGUCAGACUAGCGUUGCCAAUGACUACAACUCUCGCGCUAUGGCAAUCAAGAGCAAUGUCCAGAAGAGUCUGUGGAACUCAACCUUGACCCACUUUAUCGACAGGUAUCAGGUCAGCAAUGACUAUGUCAAAUACUGGGACCCGAUUCGCGGUCGGGAGCUUGUUGGUGUCCUACCUUGGACCUUCAACCUUCCUGACAACUCUUCAGAUUAUGCGUCCUCGUGGAAACACCUCUUGAACCCCAAUGAACUCGGCGGUGCGAAAGGUCUGCGUACUGUUGAGCCUAGCUACCAGUACUACAUGAAGCAGUACCGCUAUGAUGGAGCAACGGGUCGACGCGAAUGCCAGUGGAACGGUCCCGCUUGGCCCUUCCAGACUACACAGGCGCUGCUAGGCAUGUCAAAUCUUCUUGACCACUACACUCAGAAUGUUGUCAGCAACUCGGACUACAUCAGAUUGCUUAGGCAAUACACACAACUGCAUUACAAUGGCGCAACACUCAACCUACAGGAAGACUACGACCCUGAUAAGGGCGGUGCUAUUGUCGGCCUGCCCAGAUCGCCUCAUUACUUCCACUCCGGCUACAUUGAUCUGAUCAUGACUGGACUUGUUGGUAUUCGACCUCGCGCCGAUGACUUCUUGGAGAUCAACCCCUUGAUCACAAGUGACAUCAAAUACUUCCGUGCUGAAGAGGUGCCCUACCAUGGCAGCAACAUUGCUGUCCAAUGGGAUGCUGAUGGCAGCCACUAUGGUCAAGGAACUGGUCUUCGCAUCGAGAGAGACGGUGCAGUGAUCGCUACCUCAUCCACUCUUAAGCGUCUAGUCAUUCCUUUCCAGAGAAAAGCCGUCAUAAGCAUCUCACGACCAAUUGCAAAGAGCAUUCAACUUCAAAGCAGUACCGGCUAUCCUCAUGGCAAUGCUUCUUCUGGCACUAAUGUCGACAAUGUCCAUGAUGCUAUCGACGGUCGUGUUUGGUUUUUCCCUGAGCUCACCAAUGGCUGGAACUCUGAUGUCAAUUCUGCAACUAAUCAAUGGUACACUGUCACCUUCCAGUCUGCCACUCAGAUCUCGCGCGCCGAAAUCGCUUUCUUCGACAAUGGAAAUGACUUCAAGGCACCCACGGCGUACUCGAUACAGGUGUUGAGUAAUGGCAAUUGGGUUGAUAUUGGUGGGCUGAAGAAGAGUGCUGUCGUAGCGAAUGGUAUUACGAAUGUACAGUUUGCUUCGACGAGUGUUACGCAGGUUAGACUUAGCAUGACACAAGCUUCUGGUGCCAGGACCAGACUGGUGGAAGUGAAAUACUUCUAG